AUGAUUGUCAUAUCUUUUCUCAGGUAUUCUUUAAGUAUUGGACAAACUCAGGGCUGUUUCACACAGUCGCAGAACUACACAAUACUCAGGAGAAAGGGCUUAACGUUUUACCAAGAAUGCGUGUGCCAAACAGCGGGGUACAAUGGACGUCACCUAAAGUGGGUCGACAGUCACAACCAGGAGAUCGAUGUGUUACGACCAGGUACAGAUCAGAAGGCUUACACGGAGCGUCAAAGUGAUCGACUCAAUUUAUAUAUACCCACGGUGACUAAGGCCCUUUCAGGCCUCUAUAGAUGUGUUACAAACUUCGAGGGACGUGAUUAUUCACAGAACUUCUAUAUUGAAGCUUAUGAACCGGUGACAAUCAAUCCCCCUGAGGAACAGUUCAUAUUAUUGGGGAAUAGAUCGCUGGUGAAAUGCAAAGUCCACGCUGAGAAUAUGUCGAAUAUUUUAAUAAGCUGGAGCAAAAUAGAAGAGGAUGAAAGAAGAAUUAGCCUAACUAAUAACGAUAAAUAUGACAUCACUGACGAUGGUCUAUAUAUAAACGACGUGGUAGAUGAAGACAAAGGAAAAUACAGUUGCUCUAUUUAUGAUGAGAAGAAUCUAGAUGAAGUGGACAAGGAUAUUAAUGUGAAGAUAAUGAUAAAACCAACUUUGAAAGAUCUGGUUGUAGUACCGGAUUCUACAUUGGUUGCCGGUGAUACACUUAUCAUGAAAUGUAUCGCGGACGGUAUUCCACAACCUGAAUAUAUAUGGAGAAGGACUGACACGGGCGAAAUGGAUAAUCCGAGAUGGAAGAAAGAAGAUAACGGUAUCAUGAUAGAUCAAGUGUUGCCAGAAGACCAAGGAGAAUAUGAGUGCAUAGCUCAAAGUAUGGCUGGAGUUGUUUCAGAAUCUGUCGAUAUAAAGACCAAUGACCUCACUCUAAGGAAACAACAGAGAAUUUAG